AUGCAGAACCAAGAUUGGACUGAUGGAUUCGUCCAAGUAUUAGAAACAGGAACUGCUGACUUCUCCGGUCGAGGCAUUAAUGUGAAUCCGCGUGGAAUUUCAUCUGGGGGACGAUCCGUUGAAGGAGAUAGUCCAGGGCAAUGCCUGAUAUCUAUAUCAAAUUUCAACUUCUAUAAUGCGACUGAUCCAAAAGGAAUGAUGCCCGCAGGAAUCAAUUUAAACAAUAGUUGCAGCUUUAAAGCAAGAGGCAUUCCUUCAGAUCUGAAGAGCGAUCAGUAUUUUGCAAAAAAUUCACAGAACAACCUUUUUGGGAUCUCUGGUCAUGAAGCUUUUCAACCAAGGACAAGAAAAAGACUUCGAACAAUAUUUACAAAUGAGCAAGUCAAUUUGCUCGAGGCAGCCUACAGUCAUAACAAGUAUCCGGAUACGAAUGUUAAAAGAAAGAUUGCCGCUCGGCUAGACCUUCCAGUAGACAGAAUUCAGGUGUGGUUUCAGAAUAAGCGAACUAGAGACCAGAAGCUUCGUCGUAGCAAAGGUGAAAGCAAACAGGAAGAAAAUCCAGAUAACAGCGAAGAGAAAAAGUAA